CAGGGGAAGUCCCGCUCGUGCCCUAUGCCCAGCCCGAGCCUAGGACGAGACCAAGGACAGGUCGCUCCAUCCUGGUAGAGGGGGUGACCUCGCGCAGGCCGGCUGCUCUUCCCCGCCCCGGGGGCGGGGUCUUGAGGGCGGGGCCUUGGGGAUUAAAGACCGGUCUGCGGAGGGGGCGGACGCUUCUUUCGCGCUCGCUCCUCGCCGCAGUGGGCGUACCCUUCUUCACGUACACGAUCCAUUCUCGGUCUUCUCGAUUUCCCCGGCUCUCGGUUCCGCGAUGUUGGCGCUGCGCUGCGGCCCUCGCCUGCUUACCCUGGGCCUGGUCCCACAACGGAUCUCCUCGGCUCCGAAGCUCGUCCGGGCUGGUGCACGUAGCAGCGCCAGCAGCUCUGACUCCGCGGCCGGCGGCGCCGUCAAGAAUCCACUCGUCUACCUGGACGUGAGAGCCGAGGAGGAGCCACUCGGCCGAGUGGUACUGGAGCUCAAAGCAGAUGUGGUGCCAAAGACUGCAGAGAAUUUCAGAGCCCUCUGCACAGGUGAAAAGGGCUUCGGGUACAAGGGAUCGACCUUCCACAGAGUUAUUCCUUCAUUCAUGUGUCAGGCUGGCGACUUCACCAAUCACAAUGGCACGGGUGGCAAGUCCAUCUACGGCAGCCGAUUUCCAGAUGAAAACUUCGUCCUGAAGCACGUCGGGCCGGGCGUCCUGUCCAUGGCCAACGCGGGCCCCAACACCAACGGCUCCCAGUUCUUCAUUUGCACCAUGAAGACGGACUGGCUGGAUGGGAAGCACGUCGUGUUUGGCCACGUCAAGGAAGGCAUGGACGUGGUGAAGAAGAUCGAAUCCUACGGCUCCAAGAAUGGGAAGACCUCCAAGAAGAUCGUCAUCGCGGACUGUGGCCAGCUGAGCUAGCCGGCCUUUUGCCACUUGAGCAUGUCGGUCUAGCCGCCCCCUUACAAAAGACUCCUUGUUUAGAGGGACUUAGUGGAAUGCACGGUGUCCACAUACCUGAAUCCGUGGCCCCGUCUGUCUGGUUCCUUUCAUUUCUGUCUGUGCAAAGAUCCGUUUUGAGCAUCUCUAGAUUUCUUGUUCCCUCCCAACUCACCGGGGCUUCCUUUUAGAACCCGAGCCUACGUGCCGUGCACCCCCUCCCCGGAGCCUUCACGGUCCCUCUGGAUGGAGUCCGUUCGGCUUGUUUUCAGAGGGAUGGUCACUGUUAGGGAGCCCGUCUGCCUUAUCAACAAAGGGGAAGGUGUGGCCUGGCCACGGAGAGAAGUCAGAUUUCACAAGCAUUCUUGGCAAAAGGCGGCAAUAUCCCCCCUGCCCCCAUUUGGAAGAUCUAAUUAAUUUGUUCCACUAAUUAAAAGUGCCUUCUCUUUUCGUGGAGAGAAGCGGGGUACGGUCAAAAGAGAACCUGGGGGGCAGCUGGGUCUCGUGUGACCGUGGGGAUGCCGCUUCCUCUCCGGGCUGGGCUUUCCUGUGGAGAGCAUCCAGGGAGCCUCGGAAGGUUUCCUUUCCCUCCUCACAUCCUAGGAUCUUUUAUGGUGGUGUAUUGACACCCACCAGCGGUCAUCUUCUCCCUUGACCCGUCCUCGCCUCUGUCGCUCGCUCCUCAGCCCUGCGUUCUAGUACAGUCUGCGUUUCCAUGGAUUCCCUCUUCUCUUACUCGGGGCUCCCUCUGCCGUGGACUCUCCCAGGGUCACAUCCUGACCUUGCCAAGAAGAGACUUGAUUCCACUCGAGCCCCGGCCGCCUCUGCUUUCCACACGGACCGGCGGAAGCCCGUUCAGGGUCCAUGUGCUCUCCCGGGCCCUGACCCUAACGGGUGGGGCCUGUGGAAGCCCCACAAGCCAUGGACCAGAGCCAGGCUCCCUCGGAGUAGGAACUGUGAAGUCCAAAAGCUCUUCUGCUGUUCUCGAGACUUGCUCCAAACGGUAGAAGUGGGUUGUUGUGAACAAACAGAGCAUUCAACUGUGAGCAAUAGUGAACCACUCUGAAUUUGUGUGUCCGGGUGGAAAGUCACCAAUAACUUGGAAACACGCCUUAAGGAAGCUUUAUUGGUGGGGACUGUGCUCCAUUGAUGCUGGAGGACACAACCGACCUCUGUGUAUAGGUAGAUGACCUAGUUUCUAUUAAAAAAAUGUGCAGAAAUGAUUUGAAGCUGACUUAGUUUAUGAAACCUUUUUUUUAAAACACUUGAUUGUCCAAUUUUAAUAAAAUAAAUAAAUCUUAUUUUAUUACAAAAAAAAA